AUGUUCUUCACACUAUCAAUCAUCUCAUCCAUUCUCCUCUUCUUGAAUCUUGUUCAAGCCCUCCCAUCCGCUCAGAUCUCCCCAGCGAAAUAUGAGAGUCUCGAGAAACGUCAAUCCGACGUCCAUUUCACCUCCUCAUGGCCUGAUCAACUGGUAGGUGGAGAUAGCAUCUCGAUGAGCUGGGAAGGAAGUGAUUCGGGAAAAUAUACCUUAGCUUGGGUGGAGGAAUAUAAUGGUGGUGAUGAUCUUUUGCUAAACUUCGUAUUCCAAAAUGAAGUUUAUGAUCAUUACGAUUUCUACUUCGCCCCCGCUAAAUGUUGGAAACCCGAAGCUAGCUUCCGAUUCAUCGUUUGGGAUUCUGAAGGAUUCCCUCUACCUGAACAAAGAGCUUAUGGACCUAAGUUGAAUCUGGUACCAGGUGAUGACGAGCCUGAUACUUGUUAA